AUGCACGACUCGUCCUUUAGCGCCGAGUUCAUCUCCGCGCCCCAAAUGGCCCUCCUUCCCGCAGCAGAGAUACGCGCGGGUAAUGCAGCAAUCAAGUCGACUUCGAACUAUCUCCCACGCCCCAGCUUCCAUGUACCACAGUUCACCGCCCGCCCUCCACGCUUUCGACGUCUUCGCGGCGUACAUGAACACGAGGACGAGCCCGCCAGUCUGCCGUCGCUAUCCCAUUCUAUGUCAACCAUCUCCUCCGAUGCAGAAAGCGCAACGGACUUCAUCCUGGACGAGCUUCUCCCUGGUUCGCCAAUCUGCCAAUCACCUAUGCUUCUGUCGUCGCCCGUAACCUCUCCCGCCGGUCCCAAUACUUCGGAAUUAGACGGGUGUGGCUCGCCAGAUAUCGCCUCAGACUGCGGCGACAGCGACAGCGCGGCUGCUUCCCUCCAGGGGACUUCUACCGGGAGCGACUUGAUCCUAGGCUGGAAACCCUCCGUGCAGCCGGGGUCGCUUGUAAUUGGCGAGAGCGUCGGCGAACUGUCCAAAGACAAACCUGGUCUACUGAGUGGGUGGAAGCCAUCUGUCGCGGACCAGACUGUCGAGUUGCUCUCCGAGGGUGACCUACCGCCGAUGUCGAUUGAAUGCUCGCUUCCGGUCUUGGACGCCGACGCCGCCAUGGAAUGGUUUGAUCAGAUAGAGCUGUGUAUGGGCGCCGAAGAAUCCUGGUCUGAUCUUGACGCGAGCACUGAAGACAUGGAUAUAUACUCCUCCCUUGCCAUGCCCGCUCCGACCAGCUCCCUGCGCUUCAACUUGGACCUGCCACAGCCGGAUGAGAGCGCCGUGCCCGCCCAGAUUCCCUCCACGAGCUCCCUGGACUCCGGCGUCCACGACCUGCUAGGCACGCUGCCUCAAGAGAACGCUGAGCUAGCCUCUGGGAUUGCGAAGCUCAUGUCGCGUAUGAUCGCCCUCAACCAACAGAACGCCGAACUGCAACGACAACUCGCGAGCCAGCAGGAGCAGCUCUUCGCCGAGCGAGAAAGCCAUUGGGACGAACUUGCGCGGGCGCGCGAAGAGGCAGAGACUCGACGCCUGGAUGCGCUCGUUGAUAGCACGACGGUCGGAUCUGUGCAUUCUCCGGUUAUUCCAUUGCAAGGUGGCGAAAUCGGAGAUCCGCGUUGGAACAUGACCCUCGAAGAUCUUGGCGGCUUUGCGAAGGAUGUGCGGCAAGCGUUUGCUGCGAGUCUCGCUGAGCGAGCGAAGGACUCGAAUGAAAAGGAUAUCGCUACGGUGCUUCAGGACGUUCUGGCGGGCUUUGAGUAA